AUGUGACAGGCGCUAGUAUACAUUGAAAGUGGGGCGAUCGAAAGUUUGUAUAUUUUGGUGUAGUUUCAUUUUGACAUUGUGAUUUCGGUUUACCGUGCGCGUUUCAAGACCCUAGAAAUUGCCAGCGAUGCGAUGUAUCAAGUUUUCAUCAGCAGAUACCGUUUGGCCGAUGUGUCACACGGCAAGCCCUAUUAUGUUUACUGUAUUGAAGUAUUGGAGUCAGAGAGUGGUAGCCGAUAUUUCAUUGAGAGAAGAUACAGCGAAUUCAGUGCGCUACAUCGCACGUUGAAGAAGGAGAACGCGGACAUCGCUCCGUUUCCGCCGAAAAGGGUAAGGAAUUCCCAGCCAAAGGUGCUUGAGCAAAGGCGAGCAGCAUUGGAACUGUACGUCCAGAAAAUGCUACGGCUUUCAACCACGAAGCAACAGGUUCUCAAUUUUCUGGGUAUAGAAGGACGUGCGUCCGUCGCGACAUACAAAAGUACGUACAAGAACACGGAGGAGACGCAGCAUGUUCAUCCCAGCUCUCUCGACCAUCAUCCUGUAAUAACUUUUCAUUGCGAUCCGUACGCUCAAUCGAACGCGACGUCUAGUCUUCCAGAUAUCGUAAUCAGCGGGGUGCUUUUGGGCACGUACAACUCGUGAUCGGCACGCAAGUUGCUCGAGACUGUGAUACUCUCCACGAGAAACGAUUAAAACAGUACCUUUCGCGGGGAGUCUUAACGAACAGAACGCAUUCUUAUAGAAAUUAAUCGAUGGCGGAAUGGGUUUUGAUUGUACCCCUUUAUCUCGACAGAGAUAAAGCGACGGGUGCGCGUACGAUGAAUGUACAUAAAAAAAGCAGAUGCUUCCAAUUUCUAAGAGUUUUCGUAUGCCGAUAUACGCGAUGACGCGUCCCUUUCUAAUAUUCGAUACGAAGUAUACAAGGUUGAAUGAAAAAGAUCGAAUUUAUCCGUGUAGGCGUAAACGCAAUUAGGAUCCGAAAUGAACUGUACACCGCCAUGUAACCAUGACACGUCAGAAAAUAUACCUUGUUAUAUUUGAAUCAUCGUCUCGUUUAUUUCAUCUCAGUUUACAUUACUUGUGACAUUCAUCUUAAUCUAUUAACAUUAUCGUAUUGGAUAUCUGGAUUGUAAAUGUUAAUGUAACUCAUAAGCGGAUCUCUUGCAGUAUAAUUCGCAUUAAUUCGUUUACUACCGUUUAGAUUGGACAUCACGGACGCUUCGAACGUAUCAGCGUUCUUCGUGCAAGAUGGUUCGCCCUCAAGCAACGAGUUAAUGUCGAACGAUGGGGGAUCGUUAUGUGAAAUCGACAUAAUGGUGUGUAUCCUUUUUUUAUUUUUUUUUUUUUUUAUUUUUUUUUUUCUGUGUUGUUUGGUAGGCGAUCACGUGAACGGAUGAUUUCAGCGGGUAAGAAUUUUUAUCUAGCGCCUCUCGGUUAAUUAUAGCCACAAGAUUAGCCUGAUUCUGCUUCGAUCGGGCCUACCGAUUUCCUAUUAUCUUAAUCUGCUCUAUUCGAAUGCUACGGGGAGCAAGGCAUAAAGGGGAGACGUAGAGUUCAGACGGUGAAUCGUUUGGUCCACUGGAUCGGGCGUGUUUACGUUGCACUCAACGCAUAGAGUCGGUGUUUCGAUGUGCGGGGCUGCUGAAAAAUAGGAAAUCUCUCUCUUUUUCGCGAGCGUGUCGAUGCUUCGCAGAGCGGUGCGUUAGAAAACAUUUUUUUUUAACAAUUCUUUACGCAACGGAGACGCCGUGACAACGGUAGUAACAUAUCGCGCUAGGACCUCGAUUCGUUAUGUACAACUUACAAUUGUUUCAUUUUUUUUUGUUUCUUUUUUUUUCGUUAAAUGCUGAUACAACUAUCCUGUCAUGGUAAUAAACUGAACCUCCAUUGCUAAUCCGUAACUUUGUUCAUAUCAAAUGUACUGCGUUAAAUGUAUAUUAUAUACAAGCUCCUCAGUCUUCCGCGAAGUGUAAGAUGCUUUUAAACAUAUUGUUACGAAUUGUUUAUCAAAUUCUUUUACGCUUUUUUUUUCUUUUCUUUUAUUUUUUUCAUCGUUUGUACGCGAUAUCGUACAUCGUGUGUGUAUGCGUUUGUAUGUGUCAUAUAUCGAGCAAACGAGUCGAAGACGUUUCUCCAACGGCCUAUAUUCUGUAUGCUGUCUCUGAGAGCUGGCGAGAUAUAAAAAUUGUUACAACGUCGUUGAUUCCCUUAAUGUAAAAGGUUACGAUUUUAGGAGCUUAUUGCCCGUGUCUGGCAGUUUUCUGUAAACUUCUGUUCCUGUUCGGUGUCGUUCGAUUUAUUUGGCUCGUUCCGCGGCUAUUCAAAGUAAAAGUACAAAAAAAAAAAGAACCGAAGAAUCUAAACGAUGAGUAACGUAUGCUUAACAGAAAAAAUCGUAGAUCUCCUUUAACGACGAGUAUCUCUUUGUGACUUUGGAGUGGGUGAUCCUCUUAUCGUACCAGUACCGAUAUUAUCUCUAAACGCCUAAUUAAUUACUUAUAUCGUACAAAGUCUUGUGUAACUUAGAGUAAACGGAGCUGUUGGUCGCCAUAAUACGCGGACAGUAUAGAUCAGCGCAUCGGUGAAAGGCAAAUGUUAUCGCAAACGAGAGGGGAACAAUCGGUCGAACAUAGUGAAAUCAGUAGCAUAAGUGUGGAUAGCAAACUGUACCAUUUCGCGUUACCUUAAGAUAACCAUUUAGAUAGUGUCUCUUUUCCCCAUCCUUACGCUAAAUUAGAGCCGAACAAAAUGUAAUAUGAUUUAAUUUGCCGCGACACGAUUACAUUUACACCGUGAUCAGAUGAUAAAUAUACAGUGUGAUUGUGUAUAAUUGCAUCUUGGGUAAAUGUAAUCGGAUUACAGUUUGCCAAACUCUGCUAAAUACCGUGUCUAUAACGAAAAGAAGCUUCAACGAUAACGUUACGAUAUUCUCCCAACGAAAAUAAGUAUCACUGUACAAAUGAGAAUUACUCGUAUGUCGGAUGCAUACAACUCGCACGCGUCUGGAUACAAAGUACAAAGUAUAAACGUCGACCUUUUAUUUGGCGACGGUGCUCGAAACUUCUCAUAUACCUUGCGUACAAAAAGCAUCGGGAUCUCUCGGUUAUCACUAUCGUACUAUACAAAUAUCGCCUGCAAGCGUGUUGCAUGUCCUCGACAAAACAACGUACAAACUCGUCGUCGGUGCCAAAUAAAGGGUCAAACCGUGGAUCGUUGUCCGGGCAAGCGUCGAUCGUCGUCGUAAUUUUCGAUAAAAGCAAAAAGAAUAUCAGUAACGCGACACUGACGGUGGAAUCCCUUUUUCGAACGCAAUAGUCAAGUACAAGAUUCGAAUCUAUCGCUUGUUUCAUAACAAUUAAGUUCUCCAGGCCAUUGUAGGUCCCUUUUUGGACUUGGCGUUCGAAAAUGGCCGUUGCUAACAAAACUGACUUAUUGAACGUGGUUGACUCAAAUGAAAAUCACAGUACAGUAGUCCCUCGCUAAUGUUCGCUACUUUCUCCCUUGAUAUUGUUCGCGAAGUCAUCCCCACCAAUUUCUGGGACUGCAUCGACGAGGUGAACGUUGCAAACCUAGUUAACGAAUGUUCAUGCUUCUUUGUAAACGUGAAAAAUGAAACUUUAAACCAACAAGAAAUACAUAAGGACCAAACGAACUCGUAGCAAUUAAAAAUGUGACACGAGUGUAUUAGAUUCAUGAUUGCUAGUGAAUAUGUUAAAAGACGUAACAAAAAUCAAAUUGGAACAUCUCCCUCGAUAACGUUCGCCUCGCGGACUGGAGCCAGCGAACGUUAGGGAGGGAACGCUGUAUUGUCUAAGGCGCAAUUCGAAGAGCAGUCUCCGUAUUGUGUGGAUGACUCGUUUCGUGUUGCCUUCAUCGAUCACUCCUGCUGGGAGUACGCCGUACGCCUACGUCAACGCGAUUCCAGCUACUCUAAGCUAAUAUUAAUUAGGGCUACAAUACUAUGUACAGAAAACGCAUUGCAUUGGCACAGCAAAUAUGUGUACCCGGACUGCCUUCGUUUAUCGUUUCGCUGCACACCGUGCAAUUUUCACGCGCUGCCGGUAAUUACAUGCGCUUAUCGUGUUCUUUCGUUCGCUAACCAGUGAAUGGCGUUUAAAUAUAUUCCCUUGGCAAGUUUACGAUCGAUUCGCCGCUUUGUUUCUAUUUAUUGUUUCGAGUUACGCGAUCUUGACGAGCCUCGCGAUGUCUGGAUAGAUUACAAAUUCUUUGAAGCGUUAACAGACGUAGAGUCUUCCGAGUUUUAUCUACGCGUCGCGUUGUACCUUUACAGAACACACACAGAUAAACACUUUGUCUACAGAUAGUACAGAUUAUCACGAUACUAUCUUAAUCAUCGGUCCAUUUAGUCGCUGAUAUAACGAUACUGUAAAGAAAGAAAUUUUUUUUAAAUAUAAUGCGUAUUGGAUAUUAUCAUUGUAUUUAAAAAUUGUGCCGAGUGUGAUUAUAAGUGCAAACACCAUGAAAAGAAAACGCACAGUUGAUAUUAUGAUAACGAUAAAAAUUGUCUAACUGGUUUGUAGCGAAAAUAAUAUGGCGGAUAUAAAGGGUGUAACUCUUGAAUUUAAAUUUCGUCAGGUUUGAAUGAACAUGUAGAAUGAAAUUAUACCAUUUGUAGAAAAUAUUAUUAUAUUUCCUAGUUAGUUACUUACAGGGUAAAAGACCCAAUUUACUGUCCCCUUAACUAAAAACCAAAUUCACGUAUUAAUGAAGUUUGACAAUACUUUUAUGCUGCAUAUUUUUAUAAAUGAAAACGUAAUAUAUACUGCUAUAAACUUUGUACAUGUAAUAUCAAUCAUAACCGACACACUUCGUAUUACAUUUUAAUUUGCAGCAUUAAUGAAUAAAUUAACUUACGUUUAAAUUUUGUGCAUUAAUUCCGACUAUUGAAGCUUCGAAGAAUUCCUAGUCUAGCAAGACGUUAAAAAUUUCUUUAAGACUCCCAAAAUACUAUAAUUUUCACUAAUAUUCGAAGCGUUUUGAAAGCAUCUAUGCUUGUCAGUUCGAAGACCCGCUCAAUACUUUGAUAUCAAUUGAAAUUUCGUUCGUUUACGAUUACCGCUCGGAUGUAAAGUUAUUUGACAAAUAAUAGAGUGUGUCUUCAAGCAUGCGUGUAACACGUGCUUUCCACGGGGCAUCGUGAAACAAGCAAACUGCACGAGCGUUCAAUACAUAGUCACUUUGUUCUCCGCAGAUGAUCUCUGACGUCACGGUUCGACUAAAUUGAAUUUAUCGAACAACAAAUAAAAAUUACGCAAUCUGUUCCUAAGCACAGAUGGUUCGGCUAUCGAACGAUCGUUCAUAUGUCGCAUGUAUCAAAGUCUAUGGACGCGUGACGUAUAGCAUCGACGAGUGUUAAUCGUUUGAUAAACGGAAGUAGUUCGAACGACCUCGAUCGCCGCUUCAUUGUUCGAUGGUUGUCGAAAGAACCGCUCGACUUCUAAUGUUUCUAAUGCAUCUAGGCACGCGAUAAGAGCUCGAAUAAAUCGCCGCUAUCAGCCACCGCGAUUCUCUAAGUGAUUUCCGUUAGUAAUAGCACUGUCGAUGACAUAAAUAGGAGACAUUCGGGAACAUAAAAAAUAGAUUACAGAAUGAUCGACUGCCCUGAACGUUUCGUUCAUCGAGCAGCGUCGAUUCUACGCGGACCAGGACCGGGACUACUCGACGAAUAUAAUUCGAAUAUUCAAAAUACUCGAGUAUUUAAAUCUCACUGUUUGGAUAUUCGAAAUAUUCGACGGGUGAAAUUUACUUGAAACGUGUCCUCGUUCGAUACGAGACGUAAUAUUCUAAAAUUCAAAUUAAAAUUUGUAUUGAAACAAAUAAAAAGUUUAAAUAAGAACGUUUCCCGUACCGUAAUAUGGCGAUUCGACAAAUAGUCCCGGUCGUGGCGCAAGUGUAUAAAUAUUUUUCUCGUACGAACAACGCCAGUCGCGAAGACGCGUCCACGAAGAUGGCUCGCAGGGUUUGCGGAAUAAAAAGAAUUUCCGUUGCUAUCCGUUGCGUUAGUUUUAUUCAAAUGCUUGCUAGGUAGUUUACAUAACGUUUAGAAAAAGAAAACGAUUACCCGGUUUCGGUCGACGAUGGAAAAGAAACGGUACAAAAGGGAACGCCUUGCAGAAUUUUAUACAACGAUUGAGAUUAUUCGCGAGAAAAGAGACAGGGCUUGCGCGGCUCCGCAACUAGCGUUUCAAUUACUUAUCGCGAGAAAACACUCGGGCGCUCGUUUCCUGUUUGCACUCGAUUCACGGGGUCGCGAUAACAAAGGAACCGUCGUUGUUUCAAUUUCUCAUUAGCGAAGCAAGUGUCAGCGUUCGAAACGCUCGCAAGGGGGAAACACGUCGAUCAAUUGUCGCGAGGUUUCCCCGCCUGUUUGCCCAAGCGGUUGGCAGUCCCGGCCUGUUACUGGAAUGUUGCAUUUACUUUACCUAAUUAAUGCGAUCGUUAUUACGUUACAGUCCUAUUCGCUAUCGCGAGACGCACGCCCCGUACGGGUAUGUGCGAGCAUUUCGUGGUCUUCGAACGUCAAUUCGACUUUCAAAUUCGAAGUGGCCUGGAAUCGAGGCCGUCCGCGAGGACUUCCGGUACCGCGACCGGAAUAACCCGAAUACCUGCGAUUCGUUCGAAUCGUUCGAAUACCAUUGCUGUUACGCGACCCCUCCCCGCGCACGAUCAAAUCCCACGAAAGUUUUACCAACGAAAAUGAUACGCUUCCGAUCGGAGAACAACGCGAAAGAUUCGUGCAAACAUCGCCCCUCGCCAAGGGGGUUGCACGAAAAUUUCUAGCGGAAGUUCUCGCGUUGGCAACGGCACUGGAAUUUCGAUGACUUUUCAAAUUAGACUGUUACGAAACAUGGUUUAAGAUGGAAUUUGUCGUGGGAAAUAUUUCAGUGUCUGUUAUCGAAACGUUUGACAAUUAAUUUGAAAAUUAAUUUUCCAGAUUGUAAGUACACGUAUUGUUUAAAACAGUGUUCGAUACUUAUAUGCUAGAUUGAAAUUUUGUAGUAAAUUAAUUCCUUUCCGUUACAGUGCUUUGGAAAACCAACGUUUUUACUGCUCGACGUCCUUCGUUGUCGAACGCAAGAAAAUAGAACAGCGAGUGUAGAUAUGAUCUUCUUGUUUCGAUCGUAAAAAUAUUCUCAUUUAGACUAAUUUUAUUAUCAUUCGACGGUACGCAACUUAUAACCAUUAUUAUUUCUUCUUACGGGGAAUAGACACUCGAAAGACCAGAAGGCUGAGUCCUCUGAAAUUUUCUCGUUUAUCCGCGGUAGCUAAAAAAUAAUUGAAACCCAUUUUCGAACGAAGGACCAUCCGUUUUCCUAUCGAAUCGACGUGUACGCUGUUAGAAUCCGACUUUACUCGUGGCACAUACCCUACGGUGGUAGUUUCUGUUGCGUCAUACACGAUUUCUGUUCUGUUUGCGUAGAAGAAUCUUAAACCUUAAAGUGCCUCGAUUUAAAACUGAACGCUACGAACGAUAAAAUUCACACGCUCGUUGUACGAGCGUUUACGCGAUCGAAUGAAAAAAAAAUAGAAAAAGAAGACGCGAUUCGAAACAUCUCAUUGUACUCUCUACAAGGAGUAAUUCUCGUUCCACGCUGCAGCGUCGACGAAGAUCAGUUUUAAACGGAGUACUAUUUACAUUGUCCUUAUUACAAUUAAUUACGUUACUCUAAUAAAAUGUUUUUUUUUGUAUACAUACAUGUACAUCCAUAUGCCUCCACGAUUCGUCUAAUUUAGAAAUAUCAUAGCAUAUAACAAUUCGCCAAUAAUAUUUAUAUAAUUUUUUUUUUUCAUCUCGACACAAGGUACCUAAGUUGGAUGCUUUUGUAUAAUAUAUAAACAUCGGUAUUUGUAAAAUAUUUACCGCACCCGAGAGUUAGUGUCAGAGUCGCGUGCAACGAGACGGUCGGGUCGGCACGGAAUUUUAAUUAAAAAAGAUCGCGGGCUUUCACAAAGACCGCCGAAAAAGUGUAAUUAGCUGCCUCUCUUUAUUUAGCGCGUUCUCUCGUAGUAUAUUUAUCUACGCGGAUUAAAGAAAAAAUAUAUGUAUAUAUAUAUAUAUAUAUUUUUUUUUUUGUAUAUAUGCGUAUAUGUAUAUAUGUAUAUGCAAUAAUGAGAAUGCAAUGCGUAUAUAUACACAUAUGUAUCCCGUGCACGCGUAUGUAUAUAUAUAAACAUUAAAUGCGUACCACUGCUGUCCGCGUGACGAGUAGCGUAACGAAUGAAUUCUCGAUCUCGUUUAAAUGAUUUCAACGAUAAAAAACAAUUUCUACCUAUUUACACGACCUCCUUCCUACUUUUUCAGCGAUUCGCAGACGUUUCUCGCUACGCGUCCAUAUUUUUUUCAUCUACGGACCGUGGCUCUACGGCGGCCAUU